AUGACGACACGAAAAACCGCUUUAUAUUUAUUCGACGUUGACGGGACCUUGACGAAACCUCGGCAGGUGAUAACGGAUCAUUUGAAGAAGUUUCUCCUGGAAGAAGUGAAGUCGCGCGUGUACGUGGGUCUCGUCAGUGGUUCCGAUUAUGCUAAAAUCGUAGAACAGAUGGGCGGCGAGAGAGUGGCUUCCCAAUUCGACUACGUAUUCUGCGAGAACGGCGUGGUCCAGUACAGAGGCGGCGAGCUGCGCAGCUCUGAGAGUAUCCUUAGCUACCUUGGCGAGCGCACUCUGCAGAGAGUCAUCAACUUUGCCCUUGGGUACAUGUCCAAGCUCGAGCUCCCUGCUAAGAGAGGGAACUUUGUGGAGUUCCGCUCCAGCAUGAUCAAUAUCUGUCCAGUGGGCCGCUCUUGCAGUCAAGCUGAGAGGGAUCAGUUCUCCGCCUUUGACAAAGAACACCAAAUCAGGAAAAAAUUUGUUGCUGCUCUUGUUGAUGAAUUUAAAGGGGUUUCACUGACAUUUGCCCUGGGAGGGCAGAUCAGUGUAGACGUGUUUCCCACAGGUUGGGACAAGACUUAUUGUCUCAAUCAUGUAGCUGAUGCAAACUUUGAGGAAAUUCACUUCUUUGGUGAUAAAACAGAUGCGGGAGGAAAUGAUCAUGAGAUCUACAAUGAUAUAAGAACUGUUGGACACAAAGUGACCUCACCAGAUGACACCAAAGAACAGCUGAUGAAAUGUUUGAACAUCAGCUAAUACAUACAUUAGGUGAUGCUGAUGAACAUUAAUCCUGUGAUCUAAGGCUAUACAUAAUUUUAAGCAAAAUGAUGAAAUUUAUACAAAGAAUUGUGAAAGAACUGACAUGUGAUAAAAUAAAAAGUUAAAGUAUUUCAAUACAUUUCAAAGAAAAUGUGUAUAUACACAAAUCAGACUUUUAUGCAUCAAAGUCGAUGUAUAAUAUUUAUGUAUUAAGGAAUAAUAUGAGAUCAAAUUGUGUAAAAAAAAGAGGGUAUAUUAAAAGUCAAGAUUUGUUUCAUCAAAUGUAAUAAAAACAUAAAAAAUAUAGCAA